AUGCCGUCAGCUCACGUAGUACGCCGGCAGAUCUCAGUGGCUAAGGUUCGUCGCACAGAGUCGAAAGUCAAGUAGUGUAAAGAAGGAAACCAGAGAUAUCUGCUGAACCCGGAGAUGCGCAGCCUCAGUCAAUUCCGCUUGAUCACCUUCGACGUGACCAACACAUUACUCCAAUUUCGCACCACCCCCGGCAAGCAGUAUGGCGAGAUUGGAGCUCUCUUUGGGGCCAGAUGCGACAACAAUGAGCUGGCCAAAAACUUCAAGGCCAACUGGUACAAGAUGAACCGGGACUAUCCUAAUUUUGGGCGAGACACCACCCCCCAAAUAGAGUGGCAGCAGUGGUGGAGAAAGCUGAUAGCAGGUACCUUUUCCGAAAGCGGAGCGGCCAUUCCCGACGAGAAGCUCAACAACUUCGCCAACCAUCUGAUUGAGCUCUACAAGACCACCAUCUGCUGGCAGCCGUGCAACGGCAGUGUGGAGCUUCUCCAGCAUCUCCGAAAAGACAUAAAGUCGGACAAACGCAAGCUGGGAGUGAUAGCGAACUUCGAUCCGCGGCUACCGGCUCUGCUGCAGAACACGAAGUUGGACCAGUACCUGGACUUUGCCCUAAACUCCUAUGAGGUAAAGGCUGAAAAACCGGCACCUGAAAUCUUCCAAAGGGCAAUGGAGGUAUCUGGACUACCGAACCUCAGGCCAGAAGAGUGCUUGCAUGUGGGCGAUGGCCCCACCACGGAUUAUCUUGCCGCUAAGGAGCUGGGCUGGCACUCGGCCUUGGUUCAUGAGAAGAGCUAUGCUUAUCUGGUCAGAAAGUACGGUGAGGUUAUCGACAGGGAUCACGUCUUCCCUAGCCUCUACGACUUCCACAAAAAGGUAUCUGACGGCACAGUGGUCUGGUGAUCAAUUGUAUAUAUUAAACUAGUAAAGCCAAACAAUUUCAUGUCUCCUUA